UACAUUAAAAGCAAUAGUAUUUGAGACAAAAAUACAUAAAUACCACACCAUUUAUAUUUUAGUCUUUAUUUUAAUUCACUGUUUGUUUGAAUAAACUUCUAAAAUAUAAAUUAUUAUUUAUUAUUCAAAGAGUUAUAACAAUAAUAUAAUGAGAAUAAUAGAGAUAUCAUUAACUAUAUUAUCGGUGAUAUUGGUUGUCAUUUGUGUCCCAAAACCGAUUCAAUAUAAUAACGGCGAAUAUGAAGGUCUUGUGGUUACCAUUCAUCCCGAUAUCACAGACAGCGAUCAAUUGGUCGCUAAUCUUAAAGAACUGCUAAUCAAAUCGUCGGCCUUUCUAUACGGAGCGACUGAAAGCAGGGCUCAAUUUAAAGACAUAGCAGUUAUUCUUCCGAAGUCGUGGCCUCAAAAAGAUGAAUACAAUAAAAUUCUAGACUCGCAUUGGGACGACGGCCACAUACGGAUCGUACCAUCGGCUCAAAGCCCAAGUGAUAAGCCGUUUGUACUCCAACCGAGAGGUUGCAGACAAUCGGGUGAAUAUAUCCAAUUGACAGAUAAUUUUGUUAAAGAACUCAAUGAUAUUAUUCGAAACACUUUUGAUUAUCCGGACAAACUUUUGGUAAACGAGUGGUCACACUAUCGGUACGGUGUGUUUGAUGAGUUCGGAAGCGCUGGUGAUUAUAGAUAUCCAACAUUUUAUAUGACUAACGGAACAAUAUAUCCCACUUUCUGUGUAUCGGGUAUUAAAGGCAAUGCAGAGGACAUGAAUGGCAACACAUGUAAGAUAUACAGCACGGGUCGAGUCGACCACAACUGCAAAUUCAUUGCCGAUAAAUCAGACAACAGUCCCAUCGCUUCAAUCAUGUCUUUACCUCACUAUCAAUCCACCCAGGGCACCACUAUUAUAAUGAUCACCGAUGGUUACGAUGGUGGAUUUGAUCCAUAUUAUUACGGUUCGGAGGCAUCCGAUGCUGGCGUUAAAGUAGAUGUAAUUACCAUCGGGUAUAAUGUGGAGCAGACACUCAAUAAUAUAUCAGCAAUAACUGGAGAAUUGGGUAAUAACACCAAAUUUCUGGUGCAUUCAACUAAUAUUCAGGAGAUUAGUGUCAAAAUUAGAUCACCGAAUGGACAGAUAUUUGAUAUGAUUUCCAAACCGGUUAAUAAAAAUCAAUUCAUGGAGUUAUUGAUCACCGAUUCAGAAGUGGGUGAUUGGAAAGUGGAAUUGAGUAAAAUGACUCCCGGCUGGCCAUUAGGCGACAUAUUGGCCGAGUUGUCGGUCACGAGUGAACCCAAAGACCCGACACAACAACCCAUUCGUGUCAAUGCAUUUUUCGGCCAUUUAGAGGUCAGAUACCCGUCGAAUGCUUUAAUUUACGUACAAUUAAUGAAGGCAUACAACCCUGUGAUUGGGGCUAAAGUUGUGGCCGUUGUUCAGAGACCCGGCGAUCAAACCAUUGAGCUUGACCUCUACGACGACGGCGCCGGUCCUGAUAUCAGAGCUAAUGAUGGCGUCUAUACGACUGCUUUCACGCAAUUCACUCAAAAUGAUAGAUAUUCGGUGUCCGCGAAGAUCACUGACAUUCCGUCCGUAACGAAACUUAGAACAUAUGGAAAAACUUUACGGAUGGCCACAGAAAGUCAAUUGUUGAUCGGAUUGCCACAAAUCCAGGAUUAUCCCACACUCCCAGGAUUGCCAGCACCCACAGGAACGCCAACAGCCCCGGGUGCCCCACCCCUACCCUCUCCACCCAUAAUCAUACCCCCAUCCCCUCCACACCGUAAAGUACCUAAAAGUGAGUUUCAAAUCAACGAUUUCAUCGCAACGGAUGGCACAGAACCCGAAGAGACCAUUAUAUCGAUACCGAUCGCACCGUUCACUCGUGGGGCAGAAGUGGGCGCUUUUCUUGUCGAUAACUUUAAUCCCGGCGUCGAUGGUAUGAGUCCCGGAAGAGUCACCGAUUUGCAGGUCAUUACCUCUGAGGACAAUCGUACGGUUGAGCUCCAGUGGACGGCACCGGGAGAUGACUCGUACACAGGAAAAGCAACGAAAAUAGAUUUGCGGACAUCUCUGAGACCCGAAACGCUUUACAGACAAGAAUUGUUUGACUCAAAUGUGGUAAUCGAUGACCAGAUGUUAGACACGGGAAGUCUCGCCCCUCCAGAGGGCCAUACGAUAAUGAGAGUCAAAUUCCAGAUUCCGUCCGCACUCUUGAUGUCCGCAAAUACACCCAAAGUUACCGUUUAUUUCGGUUUACGAGCCGUCGAUGACAACAGCAAUUGGGGAGAAGUCUCUAACAUUGCAUUCAUUAACGUUGAACCACUACCUGAUCCCAUACCUACCACUACUACUUCCAUUCCUCCGAAUACAACUACACCUCCUUCAAGUGGUAGUUCUUGUGGUAACACUUCCUGCGGCGAUAAGACAGUGAUAGAGACGAGACAUACAGUGGUUGUGCUCCAGAAGAUUGUUCGCAUGGAAACUAAUCUCAAGAAUCAAACGGCGGUUCAAAUACCCAAAGAGUUGGGAUUGAAUACCACUUUUACGGUCACCAGCGAUGGCAUCACUCUAUUGAAUGUGACUCUCGAGUCACCGAAUGGAACCGUUUAUGGGAUGACAAGCGAUUGGGCGGUCAGUAAGCCCUCGGAAUCAAGCGCUGGCUUUCGUAUACCAGUGGCCGACGCAGGCCAAUGGAGUGUUGGACUCGAGAAGACCCGAUCGGAUGCAGUGGUGGCCGACGUGUCGGUGACCAGCGAUGAAAGAGUUGGCCAGUCGUACGAAUGAUGGCUCUCACGAAUCGUCUAUUGAUUUCUUACAUUAUUAAAAAUAUUAACAUUUUAUUAAAUUUACAUUUUAUGACACUUUUAAUAAUUUUUUAUGCAAUUUUAAUUAAUUACUUACUUAUUACUAAUUAAUU